CGCGCACCCCAACGCAGGCAGCGCCUCGGUGCUUACCGGGCAGUGCUGAGGCCGUCUGCCGCUGGGAUUGUGGCGAUUCGAUGCGGUUUGCUAAUAUGACGAUUUGUAAUCUAUAUAUUUUGUAUUUUGGAUGCAUAAAAAUAAUUUAGUUUUCCUUGCUGCAAUGUAAAACGCAAGGAGCCCCGGAGUAUCUUCCUCCCUGUGCGGAGCACCUGAUGCUGGUCCUUGGUGCCACUCCGAGGUCCCUCCACCCCUUCUUAUGAAAUGGAGAAUCCUGAGGUGGCUGUGAGCAGCUGCAGUGCACAUGAUGAUGAAAACCUUUCCAGCUACAAACGACACUCAUCGGUAUCACAGGAGGCACUUUUGGAAGACCAGCUUAGAAGGAAGUUAAAAUUUUUCUUCAUGAACCCGUGUGAGAAAUUUUGGGCCCGGGGCAGAAAGCCUUGGAAACUUGGGAUUCAACUACUCAAAAUAGUAAUGGUUACAGUCCAGCUGGUGGUUUUUGGACUGAGCAACCAAAUGGUGGUUGCCUUCAAAGAAGAGAACACUGUUGCAUUCAAACACCUGUUCUUGAAAGGAUACAUGGACAGAAUGGAUGAUACCUAUGCUGUAUACACACAAACAGAUGUCUAUGACCAGAUAUUCUUUGCAAUAAACCAGUACCUCCAGCUGCCCAACAUCUCUGUUGGAAAUCAUGCUUAUGAGAAGAGGGGAGCAGAGGAGACACCUCUGGCUGUUUGUCAGCAGUUCUACAAGCGAGGAAUCAUCUGUCCUGGAAACGACACCUUUGACAUAGACCCAGAGAUUGUGACUGACUGCUUGUACAUUGAGCCAACGACUUCUCUGCACAACGCCACGAUGGGAAAGCACAAUUUGAAUUUCACUCUGGAUUUCCCCAGGCUGGUGGCAGUGCAGCUCAUGUUCAAUCUGAAGGCAAUCAACCUCCAGACCGUCCGUCACCACGAGCUCCCCGACUGCUACGAUUUCACUCUGCGGAUCGUGUUUGAUAAUAAAGCACACAGUGGAAGAAUUAAAAUAAGUCUAGACAAUGACAUAGCAAUCAGGGAAUGUAAAGACUGGCAUGUUUCUGGAUCAAUACAGAAGAACACUCAUUACAUGAUGAUCUUCGAUGCUUUUGUCAUAUUGACUUGUCUGACUUCAUUGAUCCUUUGCACACGAUCAGUGAUUAAAGGAAUUUGGCUCCAAAGGGAAUUUGUAAGCUUUUUCCUGUAUUAUUAUAAGAAAGAAGUAUCUUUCAAUGAUCAAAUGGAAUUUGUCAAUGGAUGGUACAUCCUGAUUAUAGUUAGUGAUGUCCUAACUAUUGUUGGAUCAACUCUAAAGAUGGAGAUACAAGCUAAGAGUCUGACAAGUUAUGAUGUCUGCAGCAUACUCUUAGGAAUAUCUACCAUGCUUGUGUGGCUUGGAGUAAUUCGCUACCUAGGUUUCUUUCAGAAGUAUAAUCUUCUUAUCCUAACACUGCGAGCAGCAUUACCCAAUGUAAUGAGGUUCUGCUGCUGUGCUGCUAUGAUCUACCUGGGCUAUUGCUUCUGUGGAUGGAUUGUACUGGGACCAUACCACGUGAAGUUUCGCACUCUGAACAUGGUUUCUGAAUGCCUUUUUUCAUUGAUCAAUGGAGAUGACAUGUUUGCCACCUUUGCACAAAUGCAGCAGAAAAGUUACUUGGUUUGGUUAUUCAGUAGGAUCUACCUCUACUCCUUCAUCAGUCUGUUCAUCUACAUGGUGCUGAGUCUCUUCAUUGCACUCAUUACAGAUACAUAUGAAACAGUCAAGCACUAUCAGCAAGAUGGCUUUCCAGAGACAGAACUUCAGAAAUUUAUAUCACAGUGCAAAGACUCACCAAACUCUGGGAAAUACAGGUUAGAGGAGGAAAGUUCUGCAUCACUCUUCUGCUGUUGUAAUGGUUGUAGUGGACAUAUUUAAUGGAUUGUGGGAGUGUAUCAUGGAGGCUUUGAAGCAGCACACAUUGCAAGAACUUGACAAUGGAGCUGGUGGAAAACCUUAUUUCUGAAGACUUAAUUUGCUUUUCUCAAAAAACAGUGUAAGCCUAUGGCAGAAGUUUAUGCUAAACUUACAGACUUUUGAUUGGACACACUGCUACUUCAGGGGGUUUGGGGAUGGUUUUUAGUAGUUUUAUUCUAUUUGAUUCCUUAGUUAAAUUAUGCUAGAAUGCAAAUGGCAUAAAAACCUGUUUGUGUUCAGAGACUUGGCUAGAUUAUAGAAGUAGAAUAUAAAUGUAGUAACUUCAACUCUAAGUAGAGCUAGUGCCAGACAUCUUCAGCUUUGAACACCAACCUAGCCCUCAGUACUGCAGGCAUUAUCUGUCUGUGGCUGACCUGUUACUGAAGGAAUGAAAGCUCACUAGAGCCCUCAGCAUUUUUUGGUUUUUUGCACUCACAUAGUAAAAAUAAAUACUAUGAAAUUUAGUGUAAUUUGUUUCUGGAGUCAUUACACUGAGUUGAUACACAAACCACUCAAAUAUAGCUGAAAGCACAAAAUAAAUAUUUCUUUAAACACAAGUACCACUGGAUGUAAGUGGCAAUCUAUUCUCAGAGAGGCUGGGAUGUGCCAGGCUGAACUGAAGUUCCAGGGAUGAGCUGAGUGGGAAAAGUUCUCAUGUAUCAAGCACUGGGCAGAGUCAGUUACAGUUUUCAGCUUAACAGUGUUUGGAUCUUACAUUUUUAGAGGGAAAAUCAGACAAAAACACUUUCAAAAUACCUAUUUUUUAAAAAAAUUUGAAAUCUUCCUCUGGCAUACAGGUCUGUAAACCUGAAGUCUAAACUGAUUUAAAGACACAGGGUAUUUGUUUGAGUCUAAUCUCUCCACACUUUAGAAACUGGAUGUUUCCUAGCAACCUAAUAAUCUGCUACUGUCAGUGGCUGGAUGAAACAUUAGCUCGUACGGAAGUUCAGUUUUGACAACUUAGUUUAUAUUCUUUGUUGAUUGUGAUACUAUUUAAUGGAUGCCUUAUUUUAUAAAGUCUAUUCACUCUGGGAGCAGAAUAGAAAACUAAAGGGAAGCAUAUUUUAGAGAAUUUGCAUUUGUGAGCAGCAUUGCUGCAGCUGUGUGUGACAAUGCAUAAUGCUGUAGAGGACACUAAACAUGUUCUGUCUGAAUGCUUACACAUUUUAAAUGUGCUACAAUAAACACUUACAGCUGCAGUAAAUAUUGAGUGUGUCAGAAUUCAUUCUAAGAGUAAAUAUGUUGCCAGGUUAAUAUAGGAGUUUUGUUUUUUAAUAAUGCUAUGCAAUUUCUGGCAUGAAAUGGAGAGUGGAGUGUGUGAAUUUGGAUUUCCCAUGGCCAUGCCAGUUCCUGUGGACCCUGGUGAAGACGUGCUUCCAGCUGAUGUUUAACAGCAUUUCAGAAUUUGCCAUAGAAACAAAUAUUCAAGUAUUUAACCUUACACUAAAAACACUCCUCAAAUUCAGCAUAGGCAGAACAGAUUAUUCACAGUAUCUGAAAGUUUUGUGUACUGAGGUCCUUCUCUUUCAAAACCUAAAACUGAAGACUUUUCAAGAAGACACAAGGCAGUCUUGCCUCAAAAAGCAAAUAUGAAGUGACCAUGUUUUCUCUUGACACGAUUAACUCCUUAUGGAUCUUUGACAAUGCACAAAAUAUAAUGUGCACAUCUCUAUUGUGUACAGUGAUUGAUGUAAGGAGCUCUGGCAAGGGUGGCAAGCACUUUAAGAUCAAUGUAAUGCAGAAGGCAGACUUGCAUGGCUUUUUCAUACAGAGUUAAGAGAAAGCAAAGAUUAAUAAUUCACUUAAAAUGCAGGUACAUUUUGUAAAGAACUAUGGAAUACUUUGCCAAUACAAUUAUAAAGCAAAAAAUGGUCUGAUUUCAUUUAGAAAUGGGAUAGAACAUGUGCUUUGUCACCAUUAACUUACUGACUUGGCAGCAAGUUUCAAGAAAAUUUGACAGAGCUCUAAAGUAUCAAAUUCUUACAGAGUUUUAGAAUAACAGAGAGAAAGCAUGUUAAUAGAAGCCUGCAGUAUGAGCAUAAGGCAUGGAAAUCAACAGGUGACCACAAAGCAGGAAAAUACACUGUAUACAGAGUCUUUCUAUUACUAAUACAAGUGGUGAAGCCUUCCACUGAAGAUUGGUUUCUGUUGCCUGAAGUGAAGCACUGGAAAUCCCUGGUAGAUCUUUAAGUGAUGACAGGUGCUUGUGCUACAGCUAAAAAGUCAAUAAACUGAGAUGCAGAAAUUA